AUGGAGGGCUGUGGCUCCUGCGGGGGCUGCAAAGGGGGCUGUGGCUCCUGCGGGAGCUGCAAGGGGGGCUGUGGCUCCUGUGGGGGCUGCAAGGGAGGCUGUGGCUCCUGUGGGGGCUGCAAGGGAGGCUGUGGCUCCUGUGGGGGCUGCAAGGGGGGCUGUGGUUCUUGUGGGGGCUGCAAAUCCAGCUGUUGCAAACCCUGCUGCUGUCAGUCCAGCUGUUGCAAACCCUGCUGCUGUCAGUCCAGCUGUUGCAAACCCUGUUGCUGUGAGUCCAGCUGUUGCAAACCCUGUUGCUGUGAGUCCAGCUGUUGCAAACCCUGCUGCUGUGAGUCCAGCUGUUGCAAACCCUGCUGCUGCCCAUCCUGCUGUUGCAAACCCUGCUGCUGCCCAUCCUGCUGUUGCAAACCCUGCUGCCGUGAGUCCUGCUGUUGUAAACCUUGUUGCUGUGAGUCCUGCUGUUGCAAGCCCUGCUGCUGCCAGUCCAGUUGUUGUAAACCCUGCUGCUGCCAGUCCAGCUGUUGCAAGCCUUGCUGCUGUGAGUCCUGCUGUUGCUGCCAGUCCAGCUGCUGCAAGCCCUGCUGUUGCCAGUCCAGCUGUUGCAAACCCUGCUGCUCCAGCUGCUGUGCCCCCGUGUGCUGCCAGUGCAAGGUCUGA